AUGGCUUCCUAUUGCUCAUGCCGUCUAAUAUCUGAGGCUACUGGAAGGAGGUUUAAUGUGCUCGACUAUGGUGCUGAUGGAAAUGGCAAAAUCGAUGCUACACCGGCUUUCCAAAAAGCAUGGGGGGAUUUCUGUCAAGCAAGUGAAGAAAUGCCAACCCUUGAAGUACCAGCAGGGAAGACGUUCUUGUUGAAGUCGGUCUCAUUCAGUGGCCCUUGCAUGUCCAAGAACCCUCAUGUUUUGAUCGAAGGUACAAUCGUUGCACCAAACAGCUUUGAUUCAUGGGAUGAUGAUGAUUAUGAAAAAUGGAUUGGAUUCACAGCCGUUGUUGGUCUCAUUGUUGAUGGAGGGGGAAGAUUUGAUGGACGAGGAGAAGCUUGGUGGAAAGCUUGCAAUGAUAAUGAUAGUGCCUGCUCGAAACGUCGCCAGGCUCUCCAUUUCAACAAAUGCAAUGGUCUCCGCCUAAGUAACUUGCACCAUGUCAACAGCCAAAAAGGUCACAUAUGCAUAAAUGCAUGUGAUGAUGUCGAAGUCUCCAAUCUUCAAAUCCUUGCACCAGAUGAGAGCCCAAAUACUGAUGGGAUUGAUAUCUCUGAGUCAAACCAUGUCAACAUCCACGACUCUUUUAUAGGAACCGGUGAUGACUGUAUUGCCAUCAAUGGUUUUUCCACUUCCAUUAAUGUUACUGGUGUCAAAUGCGGACCAGGCCAUGGUAUAAGUAUUGGAAGUCUAGGAAAGGAUGGAGCCUAUGAAACAGUAGAAGAUGUCCAUGUUAAAAGCUGUGCCUUCAAAGGAACUCAGAAUGGUGUACGAAUCAAGACAUGGGAGACCGGAUCAGGAUAUGUCAGGAAGAUCACAUUUGAGGAUAUCACAUUUGUAAAUUCCGAAAACCCUAUUAUUAUUGACCAACAGUACAAUCCUAAUGGAAACAGGGGUGGCUCAGGAAUAAAAAUCAGCGAUGUUACAUACCGCAAUGUGCGUGGAUCUUCAGCUGAUGAGGUAGCAAUCGCUUUGAAUUGUGCUGGCAAAGCGGCUUGCACCAACAUUGUAAUGGACAACGUUAAAAUUACCUCCUCCAAUCCUGGAAAACAAAUACGCGCCUCUUGCAAUAAUGCCAAGGGAACUGCCAUCUCUGCCUCUCCAACUGUGCCCUGCCUAUCAAGUUGACUAUAGCCUUUUCAGUGCAGCUGCAGUUGUAAUUUGGAAACUAUAAUAUUAUUUCACUCAAUGUCCUCAGCUCUCAAAGAUAGGUGGUAUAGAAUAAUGCAGCAAUUGGCAGCAAAGUCUUCUAUGGGAUGUUAUCCAAAGAGACUAUUGGCAGUGUAGAGUUUAUGAAGUAAUUUCAGUCACACUCUUAAGGUUUAUGGGCAAGGUUUUUUUCCUCCCCUUUAAUUUCUGUCCAUCUUAUUUGUCAUGAACUUGCAUUGAUACAUUCAGUGCAAGAAUCUUCUGGAGUUUACAAGCUUGUCAGUUUACAGGCAUUGAUAAGCAGGGGGUAAAAUGAAAUAUUGCAGGUAUUUAGGGAAGAACAUACAUCAGAUACAGAAUCAUAUAUUUGCUACUUUUUAACGAGCUUAAUUCCUUUCCUGAUGAAAGAAAGUUAAGAAACUGUAGAUAAAUUGAAAAUCAGCAACAAAAUAUCUCUGGUUUAAAUGGAAAAUAGGAAACAAAGGCUUGUUACCAGUUACGAAUCCUGGAACAAAGAAACUGCUGCUUUAUUUGAGC